CUCCUCUCUCCCUCCACCUCCUUCCCCUCUUCCUCUUAUUCCUCACCGCAUCCCCUCCACCACCUGCCACAGCAGCGACGCAGCGAUGGAGAGCUUGUGCACAUUAUUGUAAAGCUCAUAGAGGAUCACGGCUGAAGGCAGAAGCAGAGAGACAUCCAAGAGGAGGAGAGCGAAAAGCUGGAGACGGAGGGGAAAAGACAGAAACGGAGAGUGGCGAGCGGAAACGCAGAAACAUAUGGUUUGUGUGAAGAGCGGCUGUUUGUGAGGACUGCCGAAGCGGACACAAACUUAUUCUACCACCGACAUCGGCUUGAAAGAAACAUUUGAAUCGAUCAUCUAAACAUUUUCCCGCACUUCUUUUGCCUUAUUUCGGGCGCUCUCACCUGUGCGAGGCUGUGCGUACACCUCUGUUUCAUUAGUUUGUGCAGGGUGGAUUGCGGUUAUUGGACCUCCCUGAACGCGCGCACACACACACACCAUCACAAGACGCAGCCUGCAAAAGCUUCUCCCAAAGAGGAAAUUGAAUUAGACAACUUAUUUCCACUGAAGAGGAGGACAUUUUUGGUUGACUCUCGGUUUCUUUUAGCUUCUCCGUCUCACCAGGAGUCUCCUAGACCUCCUCUCUGUGUCUCCUCCCGGUAACGAGCCAUGUCUGCACAGACUGUGACCAUCCCGGACGACCGGGCUUUCGCCAGCUUCAAGGCGGAGUGUAUCUGCGAAGAGGGCUGGAGUAUGACCCACAGCAAGGGGGGGAUCGUGGUGUGGACCCAGGCUCUGGAGGAGGGAAAGUCUGUCCACAAAAUUAAGUGUCGGAUGAUGUGUAAGGACGUGUCAGCUGAGACUAUGUACGAUGUUCUCCAUGACAUUGAGUACAGAAAGAAAUGGGACUCAAACGUCAUUGAGACCUUCGACAUCGGGAAACUUACGGUCAACGCAGAUGUUGGUUACUACUCAUGGAAGUGUCCGAAGCCUCUUCGGAAUCGGGAUGUCAUCACACUUCGCUCCUGGCUGCCAAUAGGGAAAGAUUACAUCAUCAUGAACUACUCUGUCAAACAUCCUAAAUACCCUCCUAAAAAGGACAUGGUGCGCGUUGUUUCCAUUCAGACGGGGUACAUGAUUCAAAGCCAGGGACCUAAUCACUGUACUCUCACCUAUAUGGCCCAGGUAGAUCCACGAGGAUCGUUACCCAAGUGGGUUGUCAACAAGUCUUCCCACUUACUCGCUCCUCGUGCAAUGAAGAAAAUCAACAAAGCCUGCUUGAAGUAUCAAGACUGGAAGCAGAGACACAACCCUGGCUUCAAGCCCUGGCUCUACCCUGAACAGACUACAUUACCCAGCAUCCCACUCUCCGAGCUCAGCAUCCAGCGUGCAGAGAGCCUGGAGAAUAUUGAUGAGAGCUCACUGCCUGAGACCCAAGAGAGAGAGGACAGCGACUAACACACACACACACACACACACACACGUUCAUAUGUCCAUACAAACAGUAAUGCAGGGAUACAUGAAUACCUGAUAAACAUCCAUAAUUACGCGUAUGCAUUUGUGACUGUAAGUAUGUGUGUGUAUAUACUGUACAUUCACAUACAUACUUGCAUCCAUAUUGCACAUGCAUACGCAGGCAAACCAAAAGGCACACGUAUGGAAGCAUUCAUGCACAAACUCAUACUUCACCGACUCAAUCACACACUUACAUGCUUACUUACUACAUAAAUAAUGUAUGAAGACAUACAUAUAUAAACGAGCAGCAUAGAUGCACCCACAGUUACACACCCAGUCACUGACAAGGUCCUCCAAGAAUACGUACUUUUACAAGGCUAUGAAAUAAUAUUUAGUGUAAUCAGUGGCUGUAAAUAUACUUUUUUUUUCCUGUAUGUUCAAGGGAUUAGAUGUUUUCUGAUUGGGACCAAUGCAGGUUAAUAUAGCAAACUAUAUUUUCAAUAAGAUUUAAUGCCAAAAUGUUUACAGACUAACCUGACCUAACUUUUCUGUCAUUCGAAACAUGACCGUUUUAAAAUACUACGGUCCUCUUUUAGCUGCUCAUCUAGCAUUUCAUUGCAACCCGUGAUGGGGCACAUGUCAAACACACACUAUUAGUUUACACAACACUAAUGCACUCAGACAUGUAUGCAGACUCAGUGUGUAUUUCUGUGCCCAAAGUGUCUUUCUGUCCUGCAUUAUGUGUCUCCAUCACAUUUUGUAAGCACAUAAGAAAUAUGCAGGUGUGCAGAAGGCAGCUAACCCAACCUGCAUCCCUGUCUCUCUCUCUCUCUCUCUCACACACACUCACACACACACACACACAAACACCCAAACAGAUAUACUCUCACACGUACUGUCUGCUCCUCUAUAUUUGAGAGAUGUAUGAAUGUAUGUAGAGUUUAAAAAUUAAACAGAGAUUCCUACAAAGGUUUUCAAAUUUCA